CUAUUGCUAUUGGUGGAAAAUUGCCGGUAGCGGAUAACAGGUUCAGUAACGACUCAGUUCUCACAAGUUCUUCCUCUUCUGUGUAGUGAAUAAGCAAAAGAUAAGGUAGAUGACUCAUCCCAAAUUUCAAACAUCAAAAUUAAGAAAGUUUCAAUCAUGUUAGUUUAUAGGAGAGUCAAACGUUAUAAUAUUAGUUCUAUUCUGAGUUUUGAACCUUUUUUCUAAUUUCAAACAAUGGUAGGUACUGUAUUUUUUCUCCUCACCUGGAGCUGCUACUAAUAGCGUAACAGUGAUUUGUAACUGUUUACAGUAAUCAGUGACAUCUCGUGAUGCGAGAUUCCGAUCCGAGCCGACUGACAAGUGACAACACAAAUUUAUUAUAGCCUUGUUUACCAAAUUUUGUAUAAACGUUUUCUCCAGCCUGAAAAAUGGCUAAAUUUUCUAGUCUUGACUACAUAAUCUUUAUAUCCGUAUCUAUUUUUACAAUACAACAUCAUUCAGUUCAAGCUGGCGUGUCAGAUCGAACUGUGACGUGUGGUUCCCUAAUAAAGCUGAUGAACGGUCAUCAGGGGGUCAGACUGCACUCACAUGAUGUGAAAUAUGGCACAGGGAGCGGUCAGCAGUCGGUCACUGGCUCCCAGGAUGUCGAUGAUCUCAACUCCCAUUGGAUCGUCAAAGCUGAAACUGGUGCUUUCUGUCAUAGAGGAAACCCAAUAAAAUGCGGUAGUACAAUACGCCUCCAGCAUUUAGCCACGUCGAAAAAUCUUCACUCACACCAUUUCCAUGCUCCUUUGACGAGACAGUAUCAAGAAAUCUCUGCUUAUGGCAAUUCAGGUGAAGGAGAUACGGGUGAUCAUUGGAUAGUGAUGUGCGAGCGCGACAAUUACUGGCAGAGGGACCACGAUGUCAUGUUCAAGCAUGUUGAUACCGGAGUGUACUUGGCGGUAACGGGUCAAACAUAUGGUAGGCCGAUUAUUGGACAAAAUGAGAUAGUUGGAGUGGAGUCCCCUCACGGUAGAGAAACGCAAUGGGCGGCCAAGGAAGGCGUGUACUUCCAUACCAGCGACUUCGAUCCAAAGAAGCACUUGCAUGCACACACCGAGCUGUGAGAAUUACCGAGACUCUACAUUGUUUCAUGUCAGAUGAAUGUGAUACAUAGUUUUGUAAGGAACGCCGUCGUAUGGAUUGCUCAGUGUUUCGGAAUUGAAGAUGAUGUUUACUUUAAACAUUUCUUGAAACAUUCAGAUAUGGAACUUUAUUCGAAAAUGCCGGCAUUGUUAUUCUUUAAACUCAUAUGUAAGAAGCCGCAUCUACUGAAAAGCAGGUUCUUCAAAAUGUUUUGAACACGUAUCUCUGUGUUGUUUAGGAUGUGGAAUUUUGACAUUGAGGUCAUUUGCAAUAAAUAUCACUGAGUGGCUGAUAAUCAUAGUGUUUCAAUGAAAUAAUGUAUGCUCUAAUGUUUUACAGCACAUUGCAUUAUUGUAUUGCAUUAUCUAGGUUUUCAUUAUAUACCUUUAUCGUAACUUUUCCUGUGUUUAUUAAAUGACCAUCCCACAUUUAGUUUACAUUGACCUCUAAGCUAAUAGACUAUUAUAAAUAGUUUACUUUCAGUGAAAUAACUAGUGAAGAAUUCAAAGCAAAAUUCCAAUCAUAUAAGUCGUUUAAGAUUGGUAUUAAAACUGGAGAUAAGAGCAAAAUCAUUAAAUCUGAGUUUUGGCCCAA